GUCCUCCGUCCGGACGGCACUGGGCACUGGGGUGAAUGGCGGAGGCAGACUCGGCCGCCCAGGAGAAAUCAUUAUAUAUUCUAAAAAUAUUUUCCCCCUUUUCUGUGGACUUAAAAUUAGUUUGGUUUGUAUUUGGAUUUGUUUUCAAAAUAUCAGUACCAUAAAUCCAUAUCAGUUACCAAAAAUUAGCGGAGUUAAACCAUGAGUUGUGGAAAAGAUUUUGUGGAAACAUUAAAAAAAAUUGAUUAUCCCAAAGCUGAUGUUCUUAAUGGGGAAGAUUUUGACUGGUUGUUUGAGACUGUUGAAUACCAGUCAUUUUUGAAGUGGUUUUGUGGGACAGUGAAUGAACAGAACGUGUUGUCUGAAGAAGAAUUAGAAGCUUUCAGCAUUCUUCAAAAAUCAGGCAAGCCCAUCCUAGAAGGAGCAGCAUUGGAUGAAGCUCUUAAAACCUGUAAAACUUCUAAUCUGAAGACACCUACCCUGGAUGACAAAGAGCUAGAGAAAUUAGAAAAUGAGGUUCAGACUCUGCAGAAAUUAAAGAACCUAAAAAUUCAACGACGUAAUAAAUGCCAAUUGAUGACUUCCAUAACUAGGCACAAAUCUCUGAGGUUAAAUGCUAAAGAAGCAGCAGCCACUAAAAAGCUGAAGCACAGUCAAGGAAUUCUAAUUGCUAUGAUUAGUAAGAUUAAGAAUGAACUUCAGGCUCUUACAGAUGGAGUUGCAAAACUGAUGAUGUUCUUCAGACCUUCGAAUUUGGGUCAAGGGACAAAUCCAUUGGUGUUUUUAUCCCAGUUUUCCUUGGAAAAAUACCUUAGCCAAGAAGAGCAAAGCACAGCAGCAUUAACUUUAUAUACCAAAAAACAGUUCUUUCAGGGUAUACAUGAAUUGGUUGAAAGUUCAAAUGAAGAAAAUUUUCAGCUUUUAGAUAUACAAGCACCAUCUACUUGUGAUAAUCAAGAAAUCCUUGAGGAGAGACGGCUAGAGAUGGCUAGGUUGCAGCUAGCAUACAUUUGUGCUCAGCAUCAGUUAAUUCACUUGAAAGCACGUAAUUUGAGCAUGAAGUCAAGUAUAAAAUGGGCGGAGGAGAAUCUUCAUAGACUCACUAGCAAGGCUCUUGGGAAAGAUAAUUUGGAUGCUAAAAUUUCUAGCUUGAACAAUCAGAUUCUGAAACUUGAAGAACAAAUUACUGAUAUAAAAGACAAAAGUUUGCCUACUGUGGUAAAAGAGAAUGCUCAGUUAUUGAAUAUGCCAGUUGUGAAGGGAGAUUUUGAUCUGCAGAUUGCCAAACAAGACUAUUAUACAGAAAGACAAGAGUUAGUUUUAAAUCAGUUGAUAAAGCAAAAGGCAUCAUUUGAACUUCUGCAGUUAUCUUAUGAAAUUGAAUUGAGAAAGCAUUGGGACAUACAUCGUCAUCUUGAAAAUUUGGUUCAAGAACUUAGUCAAAGUAAUGUGAUGCUCCACCAGCAAUUAGAAAUGCUAGCUGACCCAUCAGUAUCUCAGCAGAUAAAUCCAAGGAAUACCAUUGAUACCAAGGAUUAUUCUACUCACAGGCUUUAUCAACUUUUAGAAGGAGAAAAUAAGAAAAAAGAAUUAUUUAUAACCCAUGAAAACCUGGAGGAAGUGGCUGAGAAAUUGAAACAGGAUGUUUCUAUAGUACAAGAUCAAUUGGCAAUAUCUUCUCAAGAACAUUCUUUCUUUCUGUCCAAACUGAAUAAUGAUGUGGACAUGCUUUGUGAUGCUUUGUAUCAAGGAGGAAAACAACUUUUGCUUAGUGAUCAGGAGUUAACGGAGCAGUUUCAUCAGGUUGAAUCUCAACUGAACAAACUAAAUCAUCAUCUUACUGAUAUUCUUGCUGAUGUAAAGACAAAAAGAAAAAUUUUGGCAUCUAAUGAACUGCAUCAAAUGGAAAGAGAAUUAUAUGUAUAUUUUUGUAAAGAUGAAGAUUAUCUGAAAGAUGUCGUGGAGAAUUUAGAAAACCAAUCAAAGAUUAAGGCUGUUGAUCUUAAAGAUUGAAAAUUACUGAAGACUGAGUCUUUACUAUAUAUGCUGUGUUUUAAUGUUUUACAUAUUAGGAGAAUAUAGCUAAUAAACAGUACUAAA